AUGAUUCAACACGGGAAAAGGCGCAGACUUUGGUAUAACAAUAAUCCAACUUUGCCGGAUUUUUGUAAGAGUCCAAUCACCAGUAUAAAAGAGAACGAAGCCUGGCUGAAGUUUUAUGACUUUGAUGCACCAAUCAUCUGCCUUAGUGUCUUCUAUUCCACUGAUCCGGGUCUUGACCUACGUAUAGAGCACACACAUUGUUUCAGUCACCAUGGCGUAGGCGGACAUUAUCACCACGACACCACACCAGAUGAUGUUGUCUACAGGGGUUAUUUCAUUCCAGCUGAGAGUGUUUAUCGAGUGGAUAGACCCGAGGAGCAGUGGAUACCUACAGAUAAAUAAAUAUCUCUUCGGUAAUAGCUUAACAGCUAUCCUUCACCAAUCUUGAACUCUUGGUGGCAGCAGACACUAUGGUGGUACCUGGAAAAUUUCCUAACCAGCAUUCUUUUGUACAAGUGAUUUGCAAAGCUAAAA